CUUACCUAGGUACCUUACCUAGGUACCUUACCUAGACCUCACUUCGCAAAGCUGUGGUUUUAACCUUUCGGAAGAAGCCUGGAAACCACGCGCCUACCUGGUUACCCACAUGUAAGUACCUACCCAUCUUCAUACACCAACCUCGACACCUUCGUCCUUCGGUAUAGCCAUGGAUUUCAACUUCUGCCUCGCAGGGGACCAAUUCAAGCAUGCGGUCACCAAUGCAGCUCGAUAUUUCGCGGAGCCUGCGUCCAGCACCCUACGCCAUAAAGUCGUCGCGGGGAAUUACGGGAUUCUCGAGGUCCUCAACUGGACGGUGUUCAAUACUGUUUUCACCAACCCGAACUUGAAGUUCGACAAGUCCCCAGCAUCGAUAUCUGAGUUCCUCUCGCUUGUCGAGCCCAUUUUCUCGUCUUCAUUCCUGGCCGAGAUCAAUGCCCAAGCCCGAGCAUUCGACGCCGUGGCAGGCAUAACUGGGUUAUCGGACGUCUUCAUCGAAGCACGCCCUGCAAGAGAGGCGAUCAGAGAUCUCAUACAGUCCAUCGCUGUCCAGUGCGCAAAGGAGGCGGUAGAAGCAGUACCAUUGCCGGGACAAACAGAAGGGACCGCACCUCAGCCCCCUGCGACCAAACGAGCCGCAACUUCGCCAACUCUCCCGCCUCUACCGCCUCCUGCCCCUACCGAGGCCCUGCCGGACACCGAUAGCCCACUCGACCAAGGCCCACGAUGUUCCCUUGUACAAAUUGAUUUGGAGGGCACUGCAAUCCUAGAUGCUUGGGGCCAUAACGCAACCACAAGAGAGAUGGAGCGCAUCGCGCUCAGUGCCGGUCCAUCCGCCACCCCAUCGUCACCUGAGUUCAAAGCUCUACCCGUGUACCAUGGAACCGACUCCUUCUGCACCGCAGUUUGGGAAGAACAAGAUACAGCUCUACAAACCGGCGCCUUGGCCGGCCACAGCAGGGACAACCAGGUAGUCCCAACAUCCAAUCGGCUCCCUGUUGUCUGGACGGGCUUUAGCCCACUCCGCUCCUUCCUUUGGGCAGCGUUUCUCGCCGAGGUGCUGUCCCCGGUGCCCACCGGAGUUGCGAAACAGAAACUACAAAGUCCUUGGAGUUGCCGCGAUCACACCCAUACAGGGGUUCUACUAUUCAAAUUUCGCCCAACAUUGCCAUCAGCUCUUGGCCAAAGUGUUUAUGUGCUUCCUAAGGGCAGAGAAGCACAGUGGAACACCAUCCGCAGUCAGACCAAAGGAAAACUACCAAGCACAAGCCUGAACACAGAGACGGCCGUGAAGUACAUGUGGGACAUGUUCUCGAGUAUCCACGGGGGAGCGACCAACUCGUGGCCCAAUGCGCUUCAUUGCCAUGAAUAUGGAGAGAAGCUCCGGUUGGCGUUACCAUGGACGCUAUGGAGGACGGUUUGGUUCGCCGAGGGCAUUGAAGCGCUCAAUUCGUCCCAUGAGGUCACCUAUGUGAUCUCUUUCAAGGAGGCCGUAUCCAAUCCAUCGGUGCCGCAGGGAGGGGAAUCGCGGGACAAGCGAGGCUCGUUUCGCCCCUGUCACUCACUGUUGGGCUUGUUUACUAGUAUUCGGGCGAAAAGAAACGGGGAAAAAGUUGAGCAAAAAGAACUCGAGUAGAGCGUUGAAAAAA